UGAAUUCUUUUUACUAUUAUAAUUAGGACAUUUGAUAAUUUACCAACGACUAAACGAAAAAGAUUAAUACGAUAUCUUCGUGAUAACAAUGGCAUUUUUCCUUACUGUCAACAUGAAGCCAUAGGAUAUAACAUGUUAAUGGAAAUGAAAAAAAAAUUAUAUUUUGAUGAAGACGAACUUUAUGUUUAUCAUAUUCAGCUGGAUGGCGGUUCAAAUGUCAAUAAAUUAUUUAUAACAAAUAAACGAGUAGCUAUUGUAACAAAUAAUAUUUUUGGUUUCUAUAAAUUAAAAUGGUCAUGCUUUUGGCACGAACUGAUGGAAUGUCCUAUACCCUUGUCAAAUGGUAUUUUAUUUCAUGUGAAAACAAAAACAAUAGGAUUGAUAAGUAAUAAAAAUUGGAGAAAGACGGAAAAAUUAAUUCCAUUUUCAAAUGAAGAUUUUAUUCAGAAGUUAGCUUAUGAGAUUAAAAUUCUAAUGGAAAAACAAUCACAUCAAUUCACGGAAACAUGUUAUAAUUGGAAGAUAUGAUUACUUUAUAAAAUUUAUACUGUUACACGUUUAUAUGAGUUAAGUAUUCAGAACGAUUUUUAGAGAGGCAUCACAAUAUGUUGGGUUGGAUUUAUAUAAUAUUUAAAAAAUAAUGUGGGAAAUAAACACUGGAAACCCCUAUA